UGUCCAGUUCAGACUCAAUAAACUACUCAGUUAACCUUGGUGUCGUGUCGACCUGCUGAACUUCAACAUGUUCCACCGGUGUGUUUUCCUGCUGCUCGUCACCCUCUUCGCCGUCUCUCUGGCUGCUCCACUCCCAGAUGAAGGAGACGAUAACAAGUCAGAUUCAGGUGAAACUGUGACAACUCAAGCUCCCAUUGAUGAAGAUGAGACGCCUGACGAGUCAGAUUCAGGUGAAACUGCGACAACUCAAGCUCCCAUUGAUGAAGAUGAGACGCCUGACGCGUCUAACGACGACGACAAAUCUGAGGUGACUGCUGAGGACUCUGAUGAGGAGACUUCUGAGGACGCUCCCGAGGACUCUACCGAGGACCCUACUGAGGACCCUACCGAGGAGACUCCUGAGGAGCCUACUGAGGAGACUCUUGAGGACCCUACCGAGGAGACUACUGAGGAGCCUUCUGAGGAGACUACUGAGGAGCCUUCUGAGGAGACUACUGAUGAUCUUUCUGAGGAGACUGCUGAGGAAGCUUCAAAGGAGACUUCUGAGGAGACUACUGAGGAAGCUUCAAAGGAGACUUCUGAGGAGACUACUGAGGAAACUCCGGAUGAUGAUUCUGAGGAAGACAAGAAUGCUACAGAGGUUUCUGAAGUAGAAGAUGGAGAAUCCGCCGAGGCUGCAAUCACCACCAAAGCACCACAGGAUAAUCCUUAGACGCUCAGCCUCUGAACUGUGGAAGCUCAUCGACCCCAGAGCAUGCGGAAUACAGUCGCCAUGACAACAACCAACUAAACUGCAUCUUAGCUUCAGCCUCCAGCUUUCUGUUCUCCCCGUCCUCAGCCUGUUCCUGAUUGGUUCUCUUUGUUUUCGAACUGGCUGCUUUACCUUUCAUUAAAAAAAAUUAUAAAAAUGAAUAAUGAACCUUGAACCUGUGUCUCUCUCUGCCUGUCUGUCUGCCCUCAGUCUAACGUAGAAACAUUAAAACAGCUGCUGAUCUCAGAUCUGUUCUGUGUGUCUGUGUUCAGGUGUACAUACAGUCCAUCGUUUACCUUACAAACGUUAAUUGAUAUUUUUAAAAGAAGUGAUGUCAGCGAUAAUGAUUGUUUGUACACAGACGAACAGCUAAUAAAGUUUGAACUGUCAGAAAUUCAA